AAACUUAGUCGCGGUGAAUGUGGAAUAAGAAGGUUCAUUGCACGACACUGAUCUGCGCAUAUGGCCGGCAAGGGCACUCGGACACUGCAAAGCUGAUUUUCGAUCGAAUGUUAGACAAGGAUGCGAUAUCCUGGAACGCACUCUUGUCCGCCUACGCCCAGCAGGCGGAUGCCGCAGCUAUCGCGCUCGCCAAGAUGCCGCAGCACAACACCGUGUCGUGGACAAGUGUUUUGGGUGCAUAUGCCCGCAAAGGGCAACAUAGAGAGGCACGCGAUAUUUUUGAUGGCAUGCUGCAGCGAGACUUUGCAUCGUGGAAUGCAAUGCUGUAUGGGCUUGCAGAGAGCAAGAUGGUGUCGCAAGCGGCGGAUGUGUUUGCCAAGAUCCCGCAGCGAAGCCCCGCUGCCUGGAAUGCUGCAAUACUAGCAUAUGCCACCACCGGUCAUAUCGAGCUCGCUCGGUUUACCAUGGAUUCCAUGCCUGAUCCCGACAGUGCGUGCAUGAGCACAGUGUUCGUGGCAUACGCGCAGCAUGCACCCUCUGCAGAAGCAAAGAUCCUCUUUGAUAAGUUGCGGGAGCGGAAUCUCGUGCUGUGGGGCCUCAUGUUUCAAGCGCUUGCCCGUGCUGGUGAUCUGGACGCGGCUGAGCAGCUCUUCCUGGCCAUGCCCGCCACGGAUGUUGUCUCGUGGACGGCUCUUGUCCAAAUCUACGCGGAAGCCGGGGAGGUGACCAAAGCGAACACUGUUUUCUUUACCACCAUGCCAUGCCGCAACGUGGUAUCAUGGAACCUGUUGAUUGCUACCAAUGCCCAGGGUGGGUAUCUGCAACUCGCUUACGCACUCUUGUUCCGGAUGCCACAGGAAAGCAUUUCGGCGUGGAAUUCCAUCCUGGCUUCGGAUCAUCUUAGCCCACAAGCGGCAAGCCAGGUGUUUGUAGCGAUGCCAAAGCGGGAUGUCACGUCAUGGACAAGCAUGCUUGCAGUAUAUAGACGAUCACGGGACAAGACAAUGGUGAAGCAGCUGUUUGACGAGAUGCCAGAGCGCAACAUUGUUUCUUGGAACGUUGCUCUGUCAGGGCUUGCCACGGACGCUGGCAUGGCCAAGCACGUCUUCGACAGAAUGCCGGCAUGGGACUGUGUUUCUCAAAACUCGCUGCUCGCAGUUUAUGCCCAAAACGGGCAUCUGGAAUCAGUGAGCUCCUGGUUCGAGUGCAUCACGGAGAAGGACUCAGCCUCAUGGGACAUAGCCAUUUCAGUGUUUGCCAGGAACGGAGAGAGCAACCGGGCGUUUGGGCUCUUGCAUCAAGCGAUCUUGGAAGGAAACCCCUGCACACAGAUGGACAUUGCAUUCCUGGGGCUUCUCAACGCAUGCAAUCACCUCGGCCUUGUGCAUCGGGGGCUCUCGUUGUUCCUGUCGAUGCAAAGUGACCAUAGCAUUGACCCGUCCCACUAUCACUACUGCUGCAUGCUCGACACCUUGGGGCGUGCCGGGCAACGGUCUAACGCGGAACAAUUGCUACAAACAAUGCCAUUCGAGCCGAGCGAAGUGGCAUGGAAGGCAGUGCUUAGCUCCGAAACCCGAGUUUUGGAAUAAGUAAUGACGAUAAUUACUCUAGGGUUUUGGGAGGGUUCGGAAACCCGAGCAGCAUGGGAAGGGAGGGGGGUGGGCGGCGAUGAGCUUGGGACCGGGGAUGGCGCUGGCACAGGGGAGCAGGCGCUGCAAUGCAUUCCGGCAGCAGCAUAUAAGCUUGUUCCAUUGCUCAGCAUCGCUGCAAGAGAAAUGGCGGUGCAAAUACAAAAAUAGAACGGGCUACGAUUCCGACAAUAGCCACAAGGUGAGAAAUUCGUAGCAUAUGAGAGGCGUUUAGAGAGGGCUGCACACCGCAAGGAUUUAUUGAAUUGGAGGCUCCACGUUACAUUUAGUGAGCUCGAGGU